GGCUAAAGAAGUAAUAAUUUUACUUAGAGAUAUGACAUAUGUCGCCUGAUUUCAACCAUUGUCCGUGAAUUGUUUACAUGGCUACUAGUAAGCUUGAAAUGACCACUAGGAAGAGCAUUCAAUUGGUUGUUAGAUAAAAACGAGAGAAAAACGAGAUAAUAACAGACUGUCCAAAAAAUGUCAAUACCAGUCUUAAAGUACAUAGGAAUUUUCUGGAUCUUGUUAACACUUCUUCAAGGCUGUGAUGGCGCCUAUAGAUCCUCUAGAUCCUACAGAACCUAUAGCUCCUACAGAUCUUAUAGUUCCUACAGAUCCUCCUAUUAUUACUAUACCUCAGAUCCCCCGUCUUACAUCGUUUGUGGUGUGAUCUUGGGGCUCAUUUUCCUCGGUGUAAUGGCGUACUGCAUCAAGUCCUGCAUCUGUGAAAGAAAAAACAGGGGAACAAAUAAUAGUUACAAUUUAAGCGUAAGAUUCCUAAACGCCGGAGCAGAAGGUCAACGGGCCAUCAUUACAGCAAACGCCACCCCCGGGAUUUAUCCUACUCGAUACACAAGCCAGGCUUCCCACCUAGCACCCGGAGAGACGCUGAAUCCGCCUCCUAAUGCACCUUAUCCUUCAGACAACGGUUCCUCCACGUCCCAGCCGCCUCCCUACGGCGAGCCGGCGCCAUCUUAUGAUUCCAUGUUUGAACCACCGGAAAACAAGGCCCCUCCCUACCCAACGUCGCCAAAGGAGUCUAACUUUGUUCCUCCGCCAGCCAAAAACUGAGCCAUUGUAACGCACAUGUGACUGAAGUUUAUUGUUAAGAACAUUCUGUGAUAAAAUAUUUGGAACCAGUUUUUGUUAUUGCUAUUUCAAAAUUCAGUUAAUUUUCACCCCUUUAAGACUGGGAUAGGUUUUUGUUUUUUUAAGUACAUGUAUAUGUAAAGUAUCAUAGUACACAUAUUUUAUAAAAGACCCAUCUUAAGAGUUCAAAAAAUCUAAGUUACCAUUAAACUGAAUAAUGGAAUGUGGACAAAGUGUGUGUGUGUGUGUGUGUGUGUGUGUGUGUGUG